UACAAAUUGAAAAUAUACUCAUAUAUAUAAUAUAAUGAUAAUAUUAUGGUAAUUGCCAAUUGGUAAAUAUUAAGUCAAUACGAAUUACGAAUAAAUUGUUAUGGACUUAUGGUCUUUGUCCUGUGAAGUGUGAGUGCCGAUUGAUGUGUUUUGUACUUUCGUAACGAAAGUUUCGUUUGUACAUUUGUUGAAAGGUGUAGGUACCUAUAAAACUAAAAAAUGGAAGACAGCAUAUUGUGUGAAGUUAAGAAGAGACAGCGAGGUAAAAAUUUUACGGAACGUGAAAAAGAGUAUUUGAUUGAUCUUAUUUUGCCAUAUAAAUCAAUUAUUGAAAAUGUUAAAACUGAUGCUGUGUGGAAUAAUAAAAAAAAUGAGGCAUGGUCAGAAAUUGUUAAUGCCUACAAUGCAAUUCAAACGUCUGGUGUUAGAAAUAUAGGCCAAAUAAAACAUAUGUAUGAUACGCAAAAAAGGGAAGCCAGAAAAGAAAAAAGUCAGUACAAGGUGCAGCAUUAUAAAACUGGGGGUGGUACAAAUCAGUCAACACUAUCAAAUGUUACACAAAAAGUUAUAGGUCUACUCGGUGACAGGAUGGAUCCACUUUUAAAUAAUGUUGAUGGUGAUGCUGACUAUAAUGCUAUUCAAGAUAUAAGUGGUGACCAGAUAAUUGUAGAAGACAUUUCGGGGGAUGAAUUUAGUCUUCUUUGCCCAGGUAGGUAUAUUAUUAAUAAAAUUAAUUUAAUGUUUUCAUCAAACAGACAUCCAACAUGUUACAUGUACAUCAGUAUAGUUUAUUCACCAAAAAAAGUUAUAAACAAUAAUUACAACUAAUAGAUUUGGACAUAUUAUGGUAGAAGACAGGUAUGUUUCAAUAUUUUAUUAAAUUUCAUUUAAAUGUUAAUCAAUUUAUAUUAUUUAAUUUAAUUAUUUGUUUAUCAAUUCCAUUUUUC